AUGGCAGUCCCGAUUUUGAGUUUUGUCCUGGUUUUCUUUGCUGCUUCCGUUUCUGCUACUUCACCCUUGGGAGGAUCUAACGCAACGAAUUGUGAUGGUUACUGUUUGAAUGGCGGAACAUGUCAAAUGCAGCCCACCGGACCGAUCUGUGAAUGUAGACCUGGAUUUUUUGGAGAAGGGUGUCAAUACGCCCGAGAUCCCUGUCACGGCUUUCCCUGUCGUAACGGUGGUAGCUGCACUGCUCCAGUAGAUGUUCCGAUGUGCAUCUGUCCAGCUGGAUUUACGGGGGUGUACUGUGAGGAAGCUUUUCUAGAUCCUUGUCACGGCUUUCCCUGUCGUAACGGUGGUAGCUGCACUGCUCCAGCAGAUGCUCCGAGGUGCAUCUGUCCAGCUGGAUUUACGGGGGUGUACUGUCAGCAAGCUCUCCGAGAUCCCUGUCACGGAUUUCCUUGUCUUAACGGUGGUAGCUGCACUGCUCCAGCAGAUGCUCCGAUGUGCAUAUGUCCAACUGGAUUUACCGGGGAUAACUGUGAGCAAGAAAGCUGCAGUGAUGUUUGGAACUGUGUAACGAACCCAUGUCGAUAUUCACAAUGUUUCGCAUACCCUGGUGCUGUGUGUCGGCCAAACUAUUGUGGAGGGUGCUACGCCGAUUUCUACGUUGAUGGCGUCUUGGUGAACUGUUCUGCAUGCCCCGAGGGUAUGACGUUUGAGGAGUGUGGAUCGGGAUGUGGCCCUGCGAGUUGUGACAGUCCUCCAAGAGUUAUAUGCCCAGCAGUAUGCCUCCCUGGGUGCUACUGUCCCGUAGGUCUCGUAAAGGAUUAUCCGUCAAACGGCAACCAAUGCAUCGAACCUGCUGCGUGCCAAGAGCCACCUUCCUGUCCAGAGGGUAUGACCUAUGAAGAAUGCGGAUCUGGAUGUGGCCCUUUCAGCUGCGAUAACCCUCCGAUAAGGGGAGAUUGUCCAGAAAUAUGUAACCCUGGUUGUUACUGUCCAGAAGGACUCGUCAAGGAUCGGGACAAUGGCUAUCAAUGUCUUCCGCCGAGUGUCUGUUAUGAACCAAGUUCUUGUCCACCGGGUCUGGUCUAUGAGGAAUGCGGUUCAGGAUGUCGUCCAUUCAGUUGUGAUAACCUGCCUCGAGAUAUAUGCCCACGAAUAUGCCGUCCAGGCUGCUACUGUCCCGAAGGCCUUGUCCUUGAUCAAGAUUAUGGGGAUCGGUGCAUCCCUGUUGAUCAGUGCCACGGUAUGUAG